AUGGAGCUAUCCGAGGUCCGGUGCUCCAGCGCGAGCGAGGAGCUGUACACCAUCAACAAGACGCCGAGCAGCAGCGGCAGCAGCGGCAGCGGCGGCACCGCGCGACCCAAACGCCUGCUGUGGCAGAACGCGGUGCGGCACAUCACAGAGCAGCGGUUCAUCCACGAGCAGGGCGGGGGAGGCGGGGCGGGGGUGAAGGGCAUCGGCUCGGACGAGCCCUACGACCCGAGCCAGGGCGCGCGGAAGCACUCUGCGGGGCGGACGUCGGUGGGAGACCGGCACAACAACGGCGGCACCAAGGUGUUCCCGGCGGAGCGCGCAAGUAGCGACCUGGGCUUCCUGCAGAUCGACUGCGCGCCGAGCAACUCGGACUUUUUCCUCAACUGGGGCUACACGUACCGGGGCGUCAUCUUCCCCACGCUGCGGAACUCCUUCAAGUCGCGCGACCUGGAGCGGCUCUACCAGCGCUACUUCCUGGGCCAGAGGCGCAAAUCCGUGGUGGUGAUGAACAUCCUGGACGUGGUGACGAAGCUCACGCUGCUGGUGCUGCACCUGACGCUGGCCUCCUCCCCGAUGGACCCGAUCAAAGGCGCGCUCCUGGGCUUCUUCACGGGCAUCGAGGUGGUCAUAUGUGCCUUAGUGGUCGUGCGGAAGGACACCACGUCGCACAGCUACCUGCAGUACAGCGGCGUGGUCACGUGGGUGGCCAUGGCGACGCAGAUCCUGGCGGCCGGGCUGGGCUACGGGCUGCUGGGGGACGGGGUGGGGUACGUGCUCUUCACGCUGUUCGCCACCUACAGCAUGCUGCCGCUGCCGCUCACGUGGGCCAUCAUGGCCGGCCUGUUCACCUCAGGGCUCCACAUCCUAGUCCAGAUGCUCAUCUCCCAGAAUGCACCGCUCUCCACCAACCAGGUCGCGGCUCAGGCCGUGUUGUUCAUGUGUAUGAACACGGCGGGGAUCUUCAUCAGCUACCUGUCGGACCGCGCCCAGCGGCAGGCCUUCCUGGAGACGCGGCGCUGCAUCGAGGCUCGGCUGCGACUCGAGACCGAGAACCAGAGACAGGAGAGACUGGUCUUAUCAGUCCUGCCACGUUUUGUAGUUUUGGAAAUGAUCAACGACAUGACAAAUGUAGAGGACGAACACCUCCAGCAUCAGUUCCACAGGAUCUACAUCCACCGCUACGAGAAUGUCAGCAUUCUUUUCGCAGAUGUUAAAGGCUUCACAAACCUCUCCACGACGCUGUCGGCGCAGGAGCUGGUGCGAAUGUUGAAUGAACUCUUUGCACGCUUCGACCGCCUCGCACACGAGAACCACUGUCUACGGAUAAAGAUCCUGGGAGACUGUUACUACUGUGUGUCCGGUCUCCCCGAGCCCAGACAGGACCACGCCCACUGCUGUGUGGAGAUGGGCCUCAGCAUGAUCAAAACCAUCAGAUACGUGCGAUCGCGCACGAAACACGACAUCGACAUGCGGAUCGGGAUCCACUCGGGCUCGGUGCUGUGCGGCGUGCUGGGACUCAGGAAGUGGCAGUUUGACGUCUGGUCCUGGGACGUGGACAUCGCCAACAAACUGGAGUCCGGAGGGAUCCCGGGGAGGAUCCACAUCUCCAAAGCGGCGUUGGACUGUCUGAACGGCGACUACGAGGUGGAGGAGGGUCACGGCAAGGACCGCAACGACUUCCUGCGCCGUCACAACAUCGAGACGUACCUCAUCAAGCAGCCGGAGGAGAGCACGCUCAGCCUGCCCGAGGACAUCAUGAAGGACUCGGCCAGCUCGGCGGACCGCCGCGCCAGCAGCACCACCUUCAACGAGGCGUCCUGGAGCCCCGAGCUCCCCUUCGACAACAUCGUCGGGAAGCAGAACACUCUGGCUGCCCUAACGAGAAAUUCGAUAAAUCUGCUUCCAAACCAUCUCGCACAAGCUUUGCAUGUCCACUCUGGUCCUGAGGAAAUUAACAAGCGAAUAGAGAGCGCCAUCGACUUAAGGAGUGGCGAUAAGUUGAGAAGAGAGCAUAUGAAGCCUUUCUCACUGAUGUUUAAAGACUCCAGCCUGGAAGAGAAGUACUCCCAGAUGAGGGACGAGGUCUUCAAGUCCAACCUGGUGUGCGCCUUCAUCGUGCUCAUCUUCAUCACCACCAUCCAAAGCCUGCUUCCCUCUGCCAGGAUGGUAACCAUGGUGAUCCAGUUCUCAAUCCUCAUCGUCCUCCAUUCCUGUCUGGUCCUAGUUACCACGGCGGAAGACUACAAGUGUCUGCCCCUGGUCCUGCGCAAAACCUGCUGCUGGAUCAACGAGACGUACGCAGCGCGAAACGUCAUCAUCUUCAUCUCCAUCCUCAUCAACUUCCUGGCGGCCAUGAUCAACAUACUGUGGUGCGACUUCGACAAGUCCAGCACCUUGAGGAACCAGACCUACAACGAGUCGGUCUCCAUCCCGGACAUCUGCUUCUACCCAGAGUAUUUCGUGUUCACGGGGGUCCUGGCGAUGGUGACCUGUGCCGUCUUCCUGCGGCUGAACUCUGUGUUGAAGUUGGCGGUGCUGCUGGUGAUGAUCGCCAUCUACGCGCUGCUCACCGAAGCUUUCUACACCUCGCUGUUUGUCCGCUACGACACCGUCCACCACAACACUGAAAACUUCCUGGGGACCAAGGAGACGUCUCUGCUGCUGAUGGCCAUGUUCCUCCUCGCGGUGUUUUACCACGGCCAGCAGCUGGAAUACACGGCGCGGCUGGACUUCCUGUGGCGCGUCCAGGCCAAAGAGGAGAUCAACGAGAUGAAGGAGCUGCGGGAACACAACGAGAACAUGCUGAGGAACAUCCUGCCCAGCCACGUGGCCCGACACUUCCUGGAGAAGGACCGGGACAACGAGGAGCUGUACUCCCAGUCCUACGACUCGGUGGGCGUGAUGUUCGCGUCCAUCCCGGGCUUCGCCGACUUCUACUCCCAGACUGAGAUGAACAACCAGGGAGUCGAGUGCCUCAGGCUCCUCAACGAUAUCGCCGACUUUGACGAGUUGCUGGGCGAGGAGCGCUUCCAGGACAUCGAGAAGAUCAAGACCAUCGGCAGCACCUACAUGGCCGUCUCCGGUCUGUCCCCCGAGAAGCAGCAGUGUGAAGAUAAGUGGGGUCACCUGUGUGCGCUGGCGGACUUCGCCAUCGCCCUCAACGAGAGCAUCCAGGAGAUCAACAAGCACUCGUUCAACAACUUUGAGCUGAGGAUCGGGAUGGCCCACGGCUCGGUGGUGGCGGGUGUGAUCGGCGCCAAGAAGCCCCAGUACGACAUCUGGGGGAAGACGGUGAACCUGGCGAGCCGCAUGGACAGCACGGGCAUCAGCGGCAAGAUCCAGGUCCCCGAGGACACCUACCUGAUCCUGAAGGAGCGCGGCUUCGCCUUCGAGUACCGCGGCGAGAUCUACGUCAAGGGCAUCAGCGAGCAGGAGGGCAAGAUCCGCACGCACUACCUGCUGGGCCGCGUGCAGCCCAACCCGCUCAUCAUGCAGCCGCGCAAGAUCACGGGCCAGUACUCGCUGGCGGCCGUGGUCCUCGGCCUGGUGCAGUCCCUGAACCGCCAGAAGCAGAAGCAGAUCCUGAACGACAACAACAACUCGGGCAUCCUGAAGGGCCACCACCACUACAACCGCAGGACGUUGUUAGCGCCCGGUAGCUCCGAGGUGGGAGCGGGGCAUCACCCGGAGGCAGCUGAUAAGACUGAGCUGUCCUGAAGGUGCACCCUGGGAGUUGUAGUUCCACGCAGGUUUUUCCCACAGAGGCAGAGCCGCUCUGCAGGCAGAACACAUUCCAGAGGUUAAGUUAAACUUCAAAAGAUGAGGGUUUUCUUUUGAGAUUUUUUUUUUUAGGCUUUUAUUUGAUAGGUCAGCUUAUUCAUUUAAGGGGAGAGAGAGAG